UAAAUUUAACAUGUUUCUCGAAACAUGUUAAAUGUACGAGUUAUUACAAGUGGUGUUAACGCACAUUAACGUUUUAUUUUUUUGAAUAAUUUCAUAUUGUCAUGCCAAUGACUUAAUUUUCCCGAAAAGUUUCCUUAUUUUUAAAAAAACAAAACGGACGAUCAAUAAAACCAAAGUUAUGUCAAGAUCAGAAAUAUUCAUAUAAAUUGAAGAGAACGCAGUAAAUUAUUGAAACAAGAUUUUUUACUGUAGUAAUCAUAACAGUGCUCUUCACUUAUAUGAAAUGCUGCACUCUCUGUUAAGCGCAUAUAUUAUACAAUUGAAAGUUUAUAAAUAACAAUUUAACAUUAUUUUAAGACGUCUUUAUUUUCAAUAUGAUUUCUACUCCCUAUAAAAAGGAAGAUUGUUUUGAAAGUGGCUUUUUAACACCGGUACGCUUUUUGGAAAGUACUCCUCAGGUUCCCAGGCAACCCAUAAACACCGAUUCAAACAUAGCUAUCUUUCGAGCUCGCUUAGAAUUAAUAGUAAAAACAACGCAGGACAAUUUUUCUAAAUGGUUAGUGGCUGAAAAACGUGGCCUGGCUUUAUGCAACACUAUAGAGGCUAUCAAGACAGGGACAUUAUUAACAGCGAUUAAUGAAAACGACAAAACCGAUUCCACAUUAUAUCCCAAAGAUUUGAUAGAUCGCUACCAAAAAUUAUCGCUUAUAGUAGGCGUAUUUCAAGACGUUGUCAACAAUGUUAAAGAUUCCGUAAAACAAAUUGAAUCAUUAAGAAAAUUGCCAAGAAGUAAUAGUGAGAUCUUGUAUCGUUCUUGGUGUUUAGAUCACUUUGCCGAUUUCUUGGUAGAGCUUUCCCAGAGAUAUAAUGAAGAAUACAAAAUUAAAAAGCAUGUUUUGGAAAACUUGCCUCACUGCUUUUGUCAAGCUGACUUAAUACGUUGCGUUUCGGCUUGGGAAUAUCCCGAAUAUGUGGACUCAUUUUUAUACCUUAUGUUUUUAUUUCUUAAUGAAGAAUUGAAUGUUAAAAAAAAAUAAAUUUUCAA